AAACAAUAAAGUGAGGUUAUGUCAUCUGUCUGUCAAAAAUAAUCAAAAUAUCAAAAAGUUCAAGGAUGUGGGUGUUGUUUUGAUUUGUAAUUUUUCUUAAAUAAUUUGAUAAUUUUAUACGAAAUAAUGGAGUCGCCCCCUAUAAAACCUCCCAGAGGGGUGAAGCCUGUUAAAGAGACCAGUGGUCUCCUUAUGUCAGUAAUCCGUACAUUAUCAGCAAGUGAAACUAACGAACAAAGAGACAGGGAAAAAGCCAAACUAGAAGCCGAUUAUAAAAUUUGCGAUCAAAAAUUGGACCGACUAGUUUCCAGACAUGAAAGCGACCUUACCCAAGUUAUGCAUUUGUUUAGUACAAUUUCGCAAUCAGUCACGGAGAAUCGAAACAAAAUACAUAAGGUAAAAGAAAUGCUACAAGACUGCAAAAAAAAACUUCGAUGUAAGAGGGAUGAGUUGAAAGCUCUAUGGAUGGAAGGGUUGGAAUAUAAGUACAUGCUUCAAUUAUUAGAAGAAAUAGAAAAAAUGAAUAAUGUCCCAAGUCAAUUAGCAAAUCAUAUGGCACAUAAAAGAUUCUUACAUGCGACCAAAUUAUUAGUCGAUGCCGUUAAGUUGGGAAGAGAUCCAUUAGAGGGUGUGGAAAGUUUGAAAGAGCUGAGUCAGGAGCUGGAACAAAGGAAAGAGCAACUUCAUCUACAAAUAUUAUUGGAACUUAAGCACAUGUUAUAUACCAAACCCUGCCAGCACAUUUUAACAUUAAGAAGGCAAGGUUCUGGUAGGGAUGGUUUCUUAAUACAUUCUCCUUUGCAAAGAAGUAUGAAACUCAGGUUGAGUGGAAGAAAUAGAAGUAAUGUUUCUAGAAAUCUUAUGGAAGAUUUAACAAAACUUGAAAGUAAAGAUUUAUUCAAUGCCAGUUUUAAUUUGGAUGAAGAUUUAGAUAGUUUAAAUAUCGAUGAAAAUCAUAGGCAUUAUGUUGCAAUAUUAGUUAAAAGUUUGUGUUUACUAGAAAAAUUGCCGUAUGCUCUUGACGAAAUUGUAAGAGAAAUGCAAAUUUCCUUGAGCCACAUUAUUCAAAAAUCCACUCAACACGUUAUAGAUUUCGCAGAUGCAAAUGUCGAUUCCAAAUUAGCCUUAAAAGAAUUGAUUAAUAUUUUGUUUGAUCAAUUUAAAGAAAUUGCAGAUUCGCAUCAGAUAUUUUUAAAGUGGGUAGAAAAGGGUAUCAAGAGCCAUAACAUUGAUUUGAAGCCAUAUAAUUUACAGUAUUACUGGUCACAAGUACAAGAAGUUUUGCAAAUUUUCCUAAACGAUUAUCUAGAUUUGCAAAAUAUGUCUUCAGAUCUUCAAAUUAGUAAUGUUGUAAAUAACGGUGACAUAUCCGCUUAUUUUUCUAGAAAGAAGCAGCAAAGCAAGAAGAAAAUCCUAUUUAAAUUUGAAGGUUCCUCAAGUGCACUUAGUCUAAGCAAUGCCUUAAAAUCAACCAAAAAAGAAAAAGUUUUAAUAUGCCCUUCGCAUCCCAAUAAUAUUUUAGUGGUGUUUUUACCUUUUAUGUGUUUUACUGAGGAUAUUGAACAAAUGUUAGGUAUGUCUCAUGGUUCGUGUUCAUUAUACCAAAACAUAACUCAGCAUAUCUCAAAUGUAUAUUUAAAAAGAAAGUCGGAUGAAAUUAUCGAACAAACAGAAAAGGCUGUUAAGACACCCGAUGCUUGGAAAAGUACAGUACUUCUGGACUUAUCCGCUGAUUACAAACCACUUUUAGUUAGUACAGUUACAGUAGAAAGAUUUAUAAGAGAAUGGAAAGCUGUGUUACAAGCUUUGCCAUUAUAUAGUGAGAAAAUUGCGGAAUACUCGGUGAAAGCUUUAAAAGAGUACAAAGAUACCUGUGUGGCAGCUUACAGAGGAAUAGUGCAGCCACAUUCUGAAGAUAAGAGGAUUUGUAGUGCCGCAUGGUUGAAGGAUGAAGAUAUUAAUAGGUUUUUGAAAUCUUUACCUAACUGGUUGAACUUGAAAGCCCAACAAGAAUUUCAUGCUAGGAGUGAAAGAGGUAGAAGAAUUUUAAGAGGUCAACCUUCAGAGGAAGAAAGUCCUGAAGAUGUAAGAAUGAGAAAUAGGAAAGAAGCUGAAAUUUUGGCCAGUAACUUAGGAGAAGGAGGUGUAUCAGCUAGUGAAAUUUUGUCAGAUAUGUGUCUUCUCAAAGAAUUAGCAACAUUACAAGAAAGUAUGGAAUGGUUUUCUGUUAGAAUGUUCCAGUACACCAGCGAGUUUAGAUUAGAACCAUCAAGAUUAUCUCCGCCUAAAAUUGACAAUAACAACCAUAACGACUUAAUGCCUCCAGUUUCCAGUGCCACUUUGCACCAACUUACUAGUAUAGCGCAAGAUUUUGACGAGUUAGCCAAUACGUGUCUUCUUUUAUUACAUUUAGAGGUAAGAGUACAGUGUUUUCACUAUUUAUUAGCGCAAGUGCAUUAUAAUAAAGAAACCCACGAGCCAGAUCCAAAAGUGUCUGAACUCAGCAAAGUUUUGGCUAAUGUCGAUGAGGCUAUGACAACGAGUUUACAUCCUAGAAAAUGCAAGUACAUCUUUGAAGGAUUGGGUCACCUAAUAGCAAAAAUACUUAUUAGUUCUGCUCAGUACAUGAAAGUGAUUGACGAUGUCGGCAUACAACGAAUGUGUAGGAAUAUUUUCGCUCUUCAACAAACUCUCACAAAUAUAACCAUGACAAGGGAACUUGCCCUGGACCAUGCCAGACAUUAUUUUGAGCUUUUCUUCUCAACACCAGAGGAAAUUCUCAACGGUAUAGUUGAUAAAGGUCCCGAAUUCAGCGAACUAGAAUACAUGAAUGCUUUACAACUGUUAAAUAGAAGCCAAAGAAGUAAAGACUCUAUUUCUGUAACUGUUCAUCUAGAAAGGCUGUCUGAUAUUUUAGGCGAAGUAGGAGUAACUGUAUAGAGUUUUUUGAAAAGUUUGGUCAGCUUAUAGUUGCAAGUGAUGUUGCCUCUAGAGAAAAAAAUCACAAUAGGAUUUCAUAUUUAUUUAUAACUUAUUGCUCAGGAAAUUACUUAAAAAUAAUCAUUUUUGUUUCAAAGAGUUGACAAAAUAAUCAUCAUUUUUCUUUGCUUGUAAUCCUAGCAUCCUGACCUUUAACAUAAUCUUGUUUUUAUUUUUAUGAAAUGUACAAUUGAAACAAAGAAUUAGAUAGCUUUAUUUGAUAUUUAUUUAAUUGGUAAUGAUUAUUGUAAAUUAAAAAAAAAUAAGAUAGAGAGUUUAACCUGUUAAUAAUUUGUUUUUCAAAUAUAUUUUUAAUAAAAAUACCUAUUUCAAUUUGGAAUUUUUAUUCUAGGUUUUAUUCCAAUUUUCCUUUAUAGUGUAGUAGCUUUGAAAAAAGGUGCCAUCAAGUAAAGUUUACAAUUCUUCUCUUACAACUAUUUUUGCAAACUGAUGAUUUUCAUUAAAAGGCAAAUUAUCCCAGAAGCUUCUUUGUCCAAUUUCUGGUAAGUAUUCCAUUUCCAAAUCGUCUGGUGAAUUAAUUUUCAAGUGACAAAAUUCAUCCAAGGAUUUUGAAAGUGGUUUCCAUAACGUAA